AUGUUCUUCUUCCGUCGCCAGAAUGCCAAACCCGCGCCACGCCCCUCGCGCGCCCCCUCCUUUGCGCUUCCGAAGCGGCGCCCUCCUGUCCAGCUGACCCCCUCGCAUCAGCACGACCAGCUGCCCUUCCUGCGGAGAUCCCGGUUCAGCGCCCUGCCCCACUUCCGUGCCUACGAGGAUGAGCCGGAGAAUCUGUCCCUCUUCAUUGCCAUCCUGUAUGUGGUAGAUUUGUUCGGCAUCUUUCCGUUUGUCACGCUGCCCGCGCUGCUGGUGAAACUGGGCUACUUCGGAGUGUUUCUGGUGCUCUCCAUCAUCUUCCUGCAGAUCUACACAUCCUUUCUGCUGUCGCAGUGCUGGACGAUGGCCGAGUUGCUCGACCCGUCCAUUCAGCAGAAGAGGAACUAUCCCUAUGCCGCUCUGGCGGAGUUGGCUUAUGGUCCCUACAUGAGUGUGCUGGUGUCCGUGCUCCUGGAUCUCAGCAUCUUUGCCAUGGCGGUGCCCAGUGUGGUGAUGGCCGCCCAGAACUUGGAGGGCGUCGUGCUGCGCAUGAGCGCUGGCGAGUACAACUUCUCCUACUGCUAUUGGGCCGUAAUUGUGGGCCUGGUCAUCUGCCCGCUCAUGUGGCUCGGCAGUCCGAAGCACAUGCGAGGUCUAGCCAUCAUCGCUGUUUGCGUGAUGAUUGUUAUUGUGGCGCUACUUUGGUUUUGCCUCUUUGCGGCACCAGCAAUUGGAGAUCCUUUCGAGGGCAUUUCCUUGGAAUUGCCUGGCUUUCUCACCGUGCUCAACAGCUACAGCAUAUUGGCCUUCCAGUUCGAUAUUCAUCCUGUUCUUCUAACUCUUCAGAUCGACAUGAAGCACAAGUCACAGGUUUCCUGGGCUGCUCUUAUAGGAAUUGCUAUAACCUGUAGCGUGGCAAUCUUUGGCUCGAUAAUUGCUGCCUACAAAUUUGGAUCCAUGAUUGCGGAUAACCUUCUGCAAUCCCUGCCCACAAGUGUGCCCUUUUAUGUGAUGUUGAUCCUGAUGGCCCUUCAGCUUUGCUUCUCAGUCACAGUGGCCAGUUCGGCCAUGUUCCUGCAGAUCGAGAACUACUUCAAACUGCCUGAGUCGCUCUCCUUCAAACGCAUGCUGAUCCGCUCUUCAGUUCUGGCCUUGGAGGUCCUGGUGGCGGAGUUUGUGCCCAGCUUCGAUGCUCUAAUGGAUGUUGUAGGUGGAACCAUAACAGGACCCCUGGUCUUCAUCCUUCCUCCCCUUUUGUACCGUCGAAUCCGGCGAAUGGAGCGGGUUCAUCAGCGGAUCGCUGCGGAGGCGAGUUAUGGCAGCCUGCCACUGGACUUGAACUACGAUCCAGUCGAUCUGGAGAUGGAACCCCUCCUGGUGACCACCCCGCCGAUAUCCCCGCGUGGCUGCUGGCUGAGAAUGGUGAGGUUCCUCCACCGCAUCGAGUGCGAUGUGUCCUGCACGAUGGCCGUGCUCAUCUUCGGCCUGCUGGCCACCUUUUUAUCCACCUACCUGAACAUAUUCAGCCUGGCCACGCUGUUUACCAAUAACUCGCCUUGCAUGAGCAAUUUGACCAAGCAUUUCUGAGGAUCGGGGCUUUCCCCCCAAUAAAAAAAGCAGCUUAGCCAAGUUUGAUUGCCGUCCUUCGGCGAGUUCAAAAACCUACGCCUCUUCUCUACGGCUUCAUCUUCAUCUUUAAUGCAGUGCUUAAGGUGUUUUGUAUAACACAAACUACAAAUUUAAUAAAUCUAUUAUAUUACACCAAGACACGCACGUUUCGAGUGUUUUGAGUGGUUGUUUAA